AUGUCAGAGUAUGAUCCUAAAUGUGACAAAGAUGAAGACACAGAAAAUGAAACAAAUGGAAGUGUCAAGAGUUACGAAAACUUAAAAACUAAAGUGACCAUAUUAUCUGAUAUAAAAAAUACAGCUGACAAUCAGGCAUAUUUCGAUUUGAGCAAAUAUGGUCCAUUUGAACUUAAACCUAUAAAUACUCUAUGUAAAGUGAAAACCAAAGCUGAUAGGGUUGGAAGAAUAAAAAAAGAAAGCUCAAAAAUGAUGACACUAAACCAAGAAUGCCAAAAUUGA